UUUGGUUCCUACCCACCCUUGUUUCAGGAGGGAAGAUAGAAAACGACGGAAUUAUUCUCUGAGAAAGUUUCAGAGAGAGCGCGAGUCAUUAAGCUGUUCCAGUCAUAGAUAAUAUAAUAAAGGUCUUUAUUAUAUUUAUAUAUCUAUGAAGAAGACUACUACUACUUUCGGUUAAGAUCGAGGUGGAGCACGAGACAAGCUCGCUGGGGAGAAACGACGGGGAGGAAGAAGGAUCGGACAAAGACUCGUUUAUCGAGGGGACCCUCGUGGGGAAGGAAGUGUUAUCUGCAGAUGCCAACAACUGUUGGUGGUAGAAGAAGGGGUUCCCUGCCAAUGUGGUCUUGACAAGCAGGAUGUGGAGCAUCUCUCCAUAAAACAGGAACCACAGGAUCUAUGGCCCAAUCAGGAUAAGUGAUUGAAGUUGGAAUGACGACAGGGCACAUAGGGCAGGUGUAAACAGUGACGUGGAGUGUAACACUGCCAGAAAAUCCCUCAGCUGCUCUGAAUGUGGUGAAGAGUUUCACCACCAACGAUCUCUCUAGAGACAUUUAACUAAGAAGCCUUUAUUUAAACCAUACAAGAUGUUUUAAAGUGAUGCAAAAUGUAAACUUGCAGGAAAGUGUUGACACAUGUAAAAACUGUUAAAUUUAAUGUUUAUGUCAACAUCAAAAAUCUGGUAAAAUGACUGAAUGUGGACAAAGAUUUAGUCAAAAGACAAACUUAAACCUACACAUGAGAAUCCACACAGGAGACAAACCAUUCAGCUGUGAUGAAUGUGGACAAAGAUUUAGUCAAAAGACAAACUUAGACCGACACAUGAGAAUCCACACAGGAGAAAAACCAUUCAGCUGUGAUGAAUGUGGAACAAGAUUUAUUGGAAAGGGGGAGUUAAACCAGCACAUGAGAAUCCACACAGGAGACAAACCAUUCAGCUGUGAUGAAUGUGGACAAAGAUUUAGUCAAAAGACAAACUUAAACCGACACAUGAGAAUCCACACAGGAGACAAGCCAUUCAGCUGUGAUGAGUGUGGACAAAGGUUUAGUCACAAGUCAAGCUUAAACCAACACAUGAGAAUCCACACAGGAGACAAACCAUUCAUCUGUGAUGAGUGUGUACGAAGAUUUAGUCGCAAGACACACUUAAACCAACACAUGAGACUUCAUACAGGAGACAAACCAUUCAGCUGUGAUGAAUGUGGACAAAGAUUUGUUAGAAAGGGGGACUUAAACACACACAUAAGAAUCCACACAGGAGAAAAACCAUUCAGCUGUAAUGAGUGUGGACAAAGAUUUAGUCACAAGUCACACUUAAACAGACACAUGAGAAUCCACACAGGAGACAAACCAUUCAGCUGUGAUGAAUGUGGACAAAGAUUUAGUCAAAAGACAAACUUAAACAGACACAUGAGAAUCCACACAGGAGAAAAACCAUUCAGCUGUGAUGAAUGUGGAACAAGAUUUAUUGGAAAGGGGGAGUUAAACCAGCACAUGAGAAUCCACACAGGAGACAAACCAUUCAGCUGUGAUGAAUGUGGACAAAGAUUUAGUCAAAAGACAAACUUAAACAAACACAUGAGAAUCCACACAGGAGACAAACCAUUCAGCUGUGAUGAGUGUGGACAAAGAUUUAGUCACAAGUCAAGCUUUUAA